AAUUUUUUGUUUCGUUUCGUUUUCGACGCCAUCUUUGAUGGUUGAAACUGAAAGUGCGUGAAAGAGUUUAUUGUAAAAGGAAUAUGUCAAGCACAAUAUAAAUUACGUUUUUUUUUUCAAAUUGAAUCAUAACUUUGGAGGGAACGUAUAACAUGGAGGCCACAUUGGAUGCGUCCUUAGUGGCGCAAUCCAUAAAUUACCAUGGGCAACAACUGCAAAAAACAUGGGAGUCCGAACGAGGUGAAGACGAUUUGUCGAAAAUUGGCGUGGGUGGCUUGGAUUUCGCCGUCUACCAGUCUAGACAUAAGCAUCUCACUUUUCAAGACCGUAGCAAGCGCCUCAAACUUCAUCAGUUUAUUGCCAAAGAAGCUAAUGCCUUGUUCGACGCAUCGUUAUUAGAGGAAACUCCAACAUCUUCGAGUUUAGGAAUCGACGCUACAACGCCAGAAGACAAUAUGUAUGCAUUGAUGCCGCCAUUUGAAACAUUUUUGAAUGUAGACAAAUCAGCAAGGUUACGGCAUUUCUUUGAAAAUGUGAAGACGGGGGAACUGAUAAUAGGAGCAGUCAUCAACAGGACUCAAUCUGGAAUGAUGCUCAAGGUGUUGUGUACUGCGGGUCCCACCUCCAGAUUUGUUGCAGAUAUCAAUGUCAAGGCUUUUCUACCCGUGGCAAAUAUCAUUCCUGCGGUGGACAAGAAAAAUGUGUCAAGAAACUACCUGAUGAAUGACACUGUUUGCUGUGAAGUUAUUGAAGUAAUUCCAGACACCGACAAAAUGGUGUGCGGCAUGAAAGGAGUUACUCGGGGCCCAGAAGACCCUCAGCCUAAGCCCCCUCUCGGCCUUCUCAGCACCGACGACUUUCCUCUCAUCUACAAGAAAACCUUGGAAAUGAAAGGAGAAAGUUAUGAAGCCAUUUUAGAGAAGAGUCCAGGCUUCAAUAACCCUAACUGCGUCCAAUAUCUUUCGGAACUCCUCGGCAUUGCAAAUAUGCACUGCACCAAUUUUUCAUCUUUGAGAGGUGGAUUUCAAACUACGGAAUACGCAGAUGAACUUCGUCAGGCUCAAGCAAGCAAGUGGGCAUUCCGUUCUGUUGCGGAAGGGAUAGAACACUUCAAGGCUGGACGACAUUCUGAAGCAUUCCAGUGUCUCAACAAAGCACUGAGUAUUGAUCCCAGAAAUGUUGAAGGACUUGUUGCCAGAGGGGCAUUGUAUGCAAACAGUGGAACAUUUAAGAAAGCUAUAGAAGACUUUGAAACAUCACUAAAAUUGAACCCUAACCAUGCAAAUGCUCGAAAAUACUUGGGAGAGACUUUAGUAGCACUCGGACGUAGUUAUGAAGAUGAGAACAAAAUAACGGAAGCACAAAAAGCUUACGAAGACUGUUUAGCUAUUAUCCCAUUCCAUGAAGAAGCACAAAACUCUCUCGAUUUCCUUAAGAGUAAAACAUCUACUACAAAGCCAUUGAUUGAACCGGCAGAACUUUUGCUACCAGGACUAACGGGUGCAAAGUCAUUCGAAAUGAAAGAAACUCUCAAGCAACUACUGAAUCUUACAGAAAAGAAAGACAAGAAGAAGAAAAAGAAGCGAGGGAAAGGGAAGAAGAAAAGGUCCAGCAGUUCUUCAUCAUCAUCAAGUGAUACUUCAAGCUCCAGCUCGUCCUCGGAGUCGUCGUCAUCAUCUUCUGAUUCUAGUGAUUCGGAAGGUCCGAACCGCAAGAAGAAGCGUCGGUCGCAGUCGAACAGCAAGCGACAGCGGUCGCUGUCGCCGCUGAGCAAGCGCAUGGCCAUCCUGGGCGACGCGGAGUCCGCCUCGCGCACGCACAACUCGCAGUUCAACCACCCCUACGGCUACCAGCCGCCGCCGCCCGCCGCGCCCGCGCCGCACCUCCCGCACCACCCGCAACACCAGCAGCACCAGCAGCACCAGCACGACGAGCCCGCCGCCGCGCCCGCGCGCUCGCAGGCUGAUGUCGAUUAUGAAAUUAAAGUUCGGAAGUUCUUGGAAAUGACAAAAGAAGACUCGGACUAUGAAGACAAGGUGCGCAACUUCCUGGAGGAGACUGCGCAGUACAAGCGCAACCGCAAGAUGCAGGAGCUCGGACAGCAGACGCAGCCCGGCGCCGAGCACGACAAGAAAAAGAAGAAGAAGAAGGACAAGAAAAAGAAGAAGGAAUCUAAAAGGAAGCGCAAAGAGCAGGAGAGAGAAGAUAAAAGGAAGGCGAAGCUAGCGCGCUCCGCCAGCAACAACGACUACAGCCUGCGGGACUUGGACAACAUCGGAGAUAAGAAACUAAGAGAUGCUAUUAGGAAGGAAUUGAAAGGAAAAUCCAAGAGGGACCUCAGUUCCGAUGGGGAAUAUGAAAGAAAGCACAGUGAUAAGAGGAUGAUGGACGACAUGCCGGGCUUGGACGACCUGGAGUCCAAGAUCAGCGCGUACCACGUGAUGGUGGAGAAGGAGGCCCUGAAGCGGGACGGCCGCGCCUCCCUCAGCCCCAUAGACCAAGCACCUCCGCCGCCACUAGAGAAACCUAAGUGGAAGAUGUCUAUGAGUGCGGUUAAGGAAACUAGGGUUAAGAAGAAGGAUACGCCGGUACAGAAGGGAUACAAAGAACGUUACGCGUUUGAAGAUAGUUCUGAUGAAUCCCAAGAACAAACUAAGCCGUCGCCGUCGAGUGGUGAUAAGAACGUGUCGGUGCGACGCGCCAUGGCCAUGAAGGAGCCCGGCCCCGGCAAGUCGCGCGAGCCCGACCCGCCCGGCACCGAGCCGCCGCACCACCACCAGCACCAACACCCGCACCCGCAUCCGCAUCCGCCGGUGCGCAAAGGCAAUAUAGUGCUAGACAAAUUCGGUUCGUUCCGAUUGGCGCAGGAGGGCGAGACGCCGGUGUGCGUGGGCGACGCGCGCCCCGAGCAGUUCGUGACGCGCAUCAAGCCGCCCUCGCCCGCCGCGCGCCGCCCGCGCUCGCCGCCCUCGCCGCCCUCGCCGCGCCGCCGCUCCUCCAACUCCUCCGAGGACGACCGCCGCUCGCCCAAGCGCUCCCGCAGCAGCAGGUCCCGGCCCCGCAAGUAUCGAUCGAGGUCCGGUUCGCGGUCGCGGUCGGCGUCCACCGGCAGCGCGUCGCCCGCCUCGCGCCGCCGCCGCUCGCCCUCGCCGCGCUCGCGCUCGCGCUCCGACGCCAGCCGCUCAUACUACUCGCGCAGCCGCUCGCGCUCCCGCUCCGGCUCCAGGGACAGGAUGCGGCGCAACAACCGGCGCGGCAACUGGCGCGGGCGCGGCGGCUUCGAGCGCGGCACGUACUACCGGCCGCGCUUCCACACCUACAACGGCAACAGCCGGGGCCGCGGCCGCGGGGACUUCCGCCGCGACGACGGCCGCCGCUUCCAGCCCGACUGGCGCGACAACCGCUCGCGCGGCGGCCGCCCCUUCCGCCCGCGCCGCGGCGGCCCGCGCGGCCGCCCCUUCCGAGGCGGGUUCCGUGACUUCCGCGAGCGGCGCGGCGGACGCUACUCGCGCUCGCGCAGCCCCGACCGCACGCGGCGCUCGCGCUCCUACAGCCCCGAGCGACGCGACAAGGACAACAGGGACAGCUACUCUCGUUUGUCCGAACGCAACAGCCACCGCAGCGAGGGCGAGUACGAGGAGGAGCGUUACGUGGACCGCAAAGAGUACGACGGCAAGUGGGCCGACGGCAACGAGCCCGACAGGACCCAGCACGAGGAGAAGGCCCCAGAAGAGGCGCCCAAAGAAUAGCCCCAUCAAUCUACACUUUUACCCUCUCCCCCUCUCCCUCCCCCGACUUCAUGUUUCUUGUUAAGACUAGUAUUAAAAAAUUCUACUAUAAGGUGCUUACAGAUUUAAAAAUAAGUUUCAUUUAAUGUAGGAUUUAAAAUUGUAAAUAUAUAAGUGGCUACAAAUGUAACAAUCCAUGUUUGACUCUUGCAUUUUGUUUUUUUUUAUAAACAAUACUUAUUUGCAAUAUUAUCUCUUGUUGUGUUUAUUCAAUAAAUAGUAGGUUUGUAUUGAUUCCUUGUAAUGUUUUAGUAAUCAUUCCAGUGUAGAACUAAAACUCGACUAAAUUACAAAUAUAGAUCAUUCUAUUGGUGUGUAAUAAUUAAAGAUAAUUAUUAAAAUGAAA